AUGGCGCCGGACGCACGGGCCACAUACGCCUUAAGAAAGGCCGACGUUGACAAGAUCCUCACUCACAGGAAAUAUAAUGGUGUUGAGCAAUAUCUGAUCCGUUGGACUCGCUCGCCGGCACGUCGUGGCAGCUCGUCACGUGCUGUAUGCUCGUGGCAUUCCGGUGCGGAACUUCGUCGAUGUCUUCACUUGGUGCAGACAUAUGUUGAGUCAAGACCACGGCGCAGCGCAUCUGAACUUAAUCGCAAACAAGAAAGCUUGGCUACUGGCAGCAAGAAGCGCAAAUCACCUAUCAUCGACGUUGUCACAUCAGGAGACUCAAUAUCCAGCGGUGGACUUCUCACACCACAGGAUUCGCACAAAGAUCGAUCACGAUCACAUUCGGUCAUUUCCAUCGACUCGUCCUCAGAAGUGGCAGAAGAGCCCUCCGUGUACAAUGGUGUUCUUUCCAAGAAAGCAGGCAAUAUCUUGGCCAAGGCAUCGGACAAUCACGCCUCUGUCGAUGCGAGGACGUUACCCACGCCUGCUAUGCUGCAAGUUGCUAUCAGGACACCAGUUCCCGCCACGGAGCGAUUGAUACAGCAAGCCUUCAUCGACAAACUCAAACCGCUCCAGAAUGUCGAUCUUGAGAACACUGUCGAUACCUCAGCUCCGUCACUGAAUUACACUUUCGUAAGGGACUACGCUUUGGGCGAAGGYGUUACUGCUAUAGACAAGGAAACACAGGUUGGCUGCUCGCAAUGUAGACCCGACAUGGGUCAGAACAUUGGGUGUGAGUACACCCAGAAAUGCGACUGUCUCGAGUUUGCCGCUGUCGAUGAGCAGGCCCUCCAGUCGAGGAAUCCGCAAGGUUACCAAGAGUAUCUUCUUACCAAGAAGCACGACGGAGAAAUGAGAGCGAGCUGGCCCAAGCGAUUCCCAUACYCCAGACCAGGUCCACGGCCACAGACGCUAGCGGCCCACUAUCGGGAGACACGCAAUCCAAUCUAUGAGUGCAACGAGAACUGCAGAUGUGGACCGGGCUGCAAGAGCAGAUUGGUCCAAAAAGGUCGCAAAGUUCCACUUACCAUUUUCAAGACCAAAAACCGUGGAUGGGGGGUGAAAUCCUCAGAGGACUUGAUCAAGGGAGAGUAUAUCGACACUUACCUUGGCGAGGUGAUCACCAACGAGGAGGCCGACCGCCGAGGUGACGACGCAUCGAAAGAGAAAGCUUCUUAUCUGUAUAACUUGGACAAGUUCGUCGGCGACCCCUUUGAAGGACGGGUACUGACGCCUGAGGACUGCUACGUGGUUGAUGGGCAACACAUGGGAGGCCCAACCCGCUUUAUGAACCAUUCUUGCGAGCCUAACUGUAGGCAGUAUACUGUGUCUUACAACAAGUACGAUCUCCGGCUGUUCACCCUGGCGUUCUUCGCCUACGAAGACAUACCGGCUGGAGAAGAACUCACGUWCGACUAUUUGGACCAGGAUGAAGAGGAGAUGGAAGAUGCGGUUCAGAGGAGAAACGAGGCCUUGAACGACCCGGAAAAUGUCGACAAAGUGAAGUGCAAUUGUGGAUCUGCGAAGUGCAGAGGGAUCUUGUGGUCUUGA